CGAUUUUCAUCUAUCAUCAUUAAACCCAUAUCACAACUCGCCGGAGAAACAACGAAAUCACGUUCACUUCUCCCUCCACCUUAAUUUCCCCCGCAACACAUUUUCAUUUCCCUUCAUUUUCUCAUCAACCAAACACAAAAGUCCUCUAACAGAAUGGCGCAGCUCCUCGCGAAGCUGGCGCUAAUCGUGACGACUUUCACGUUCCUCUUCUCUCCGUCGCACUCCGCGGUUUUCAGCGUAGAUCUAGGCUCCGAAUCGCUCAAAGUAGCGGUUGUAAACCUAAAACCCGGUCAAAGUCCGAUCUCAAUCGCGAUCAACGAAAUGUCGAAGCGUAAAUCGCCGGUGUUAGUUUCAUUCCACGACGGCAACCGUCUCCUCGGCGAGGAAGCGGCAGGUUUAGUCGCCCGGUAUCCUCAAAAAGUUUAUUCGCAAAUGAGAGACCUAAUAGGUAAACCCUACGCUUCUGCUAAGAACUUUUUAGAUUCAUUGUACUUACCUUUCGAAGCGAAGGAAGAUUCUUCGAGAGGCACUGUUAGUUUCGUAGUAGACAAAAACGGAACAGAGUAUUCGCCUGAGGAAUUGGUAGCUAUGGCUUUGAGUUACGCGGCAAAUUUGGCUGAGUUUCAUUCGAAGAUUCCGAUCAAAGACGCUGUGAUUGCUGUUCCACCUUAUUUUGGACAAGCUGAACGGAGAGGGUUGCUUCAGGCUGCGGAGUUAGCGGGAAUUAAUGUUCUUUCGUUGAUUAACGAGUACUCUGGCGCAGCGUUGCAGUAUGGGAUUGAUAAGGAUUUCUCAAAUGAGUCAAGGCAUGUUAUUUUCUAUGACAUGGGUUCUAGUAGUACCUAUGCCGCACUUGUUUAUUUCUCAUCUUAUAAAAGUAAAGAGUAUGGGAAGACAGUGUCGGUGAACCAGUUUCAGGUCAAGGAUGUACGUUGGAACCCUGAGUUGGGUGGUCAGCAUAUGGAAAUGCGAUUGGUAGAAUAUUUUGCUAACGAAUUCAAUGCACAACUUGGUGGUGGAUUAGAUGUGAGAAAAUUUCCCAAGGCUAUGGCUAAGUUAAAGAAACAGGUUAAACGAACAAAAGAAAUUCUUAGCGCUAACACUGCAGCUCCCAUUUCAGUUGAGUCGUUUCAUGGUGAAGUGGAUUUCAGGAGCACCAUAACCCGUGAGAAAUUUGAAGAGCUUUGUGAAGAUAUUUGGGAAAAAUCUCUGUUACCAUUGAAAGAGUUGCUUGAGCAUUCAGGCCUGUCAGCAGAUCAAAUAUAUGCAGUGGAGUUGAUUGGAGGUUCUACCAGAGUGCCAAAAUUGCAGGCUAAACUUCAAGAGUUCCUUGGUAGGAAAGAACUUGAUAGGCAUCUUGACGCUGAUGAAGCAAUAGUUCUUGGUGCUGCUUUGCAUGCUGCAAAUAUAAGUGAUGGAAUCAAAUUAAACCGUAAACUAGGAAUGAUCGAUGGUUCCUUAUAUGAGUUUGUGGUUGAGUUGAAUGGUCCUGAUUUUUUGAAAACUGAAAGUUCAAGGCAGUUACUUGUACCACGAAUGAAGAAACUCCCGAGUAAGAUGUUCAGAUCCAUCAAUCAUGACAAAGAUUUUGAACUUUCACUUGCUUAUGAAAGUGAACAUCAUUUGCCACCUGGUGUUACCUCUCCCUUAAUUGCUCAAUACGAGAUAUCUGGUUUAACAGAUGCAAGUGGGAAAUACUCUUCUCGGAAUCUUUCGUCCCCCAUUAAGGCAAACGUACAUUUCUCUCUUAGUAGAAGUGGAGUUCUUUCUCUGGAUCGGGCAGAUGCUGUUAUUGAAAUAACAGAGUGGGUGGAAGUUCCCAAGAAGAACUUGACUAUAGAGAAUUCAACCAUUUCGUCAAAUGUAUCAGAUGAAUCUGGUGCUAAGAGCAAUACUGAGGAAAACAAUGAAAGUAUGCAAAGUGAUGGUGGUAAUAGUAAGACAUCCAACGCGAGUGCAGAGGAGCAAGCUGCCGCUGAACCUGCUACAGAGAAAAAGCUGAAAAAGCGGACCUUUAGGGUACCACUAAAGAUUGUUGAGAAGAUAACAGGACCAGGGUUGUCUCUAUCGAAAGAUUUUCUUGCCGAAGCUAAAAGAAAAUUACAAGCACUAGACAAACAAGAUGCAGAAAGGAAAAGAACGGCCGAGUUUAAAAAUAAUUUAGAAGGAUAUAUAUACACUACUAAGGAAAAGAUUGAAACUCUUGAGGAAUUUGAAAAAGUUUCUACCAGUGAGGAACGCCAGUCCUUUGUUGAGAAGCUUGAUGAGGUGCAAGAUUGGUUAUAUACAGAUGGUGAAGAUGCCAACGCUACAGAAUUUCAAGAGCGUCUAGAUCAGUUAAAAGCCGUUGGAGACCCAAUUUUCUUCCGGUUAAAAGAGCUUACCGCUCGACCAGAGGCAGUUGAGCAUGCCCAUAAAUACAUUGAUGAGCUGAAACAGAUUGUGGAAGAGUGGAAAGCAAAGAAGUCUUGGCUUCCAAAAGAACGAGUAGAUGAGGUGAUUAAUGAUGCGGAAAAGUUAAAGAAGUGGUUGGAUGAGAAAGAAACUGAGCAAAAGAAGACUUCUGAAUUCAGUAAGCCUGCCUUUACAUCUGAAGAAGUAUAUUCAAAGGUGUUUGGUCUACAAAGCAAGGUUGCCAGUAUUAAUAGAAUCCCCAAGCCCAAGAUUCAGAAGUCCACAAAGAACGAAACUGAGAGCAAUGAGCAGAAUACUGAUAGUUCUACCUCAACUGAUAGUUCCUCUCAAAGUGAUCAAUCAGAAAGCCAGAGUGAAGAAACGGUUGAUGAGCAACCCAAAAGUCAUGAUGAGUUAUGAUUUAACUGGGAAUGCAUGUAGGUCCAUUUUUUUUUAAUCGUCUACCUACAAGUUUUAAUUAGUUAAAGGUCUAGCUAGGCUGGUAAUGGUAGAAUGGGUAGGUGAAAAGGAGGGAAUGCCAGUUUUCCGCGAGCAGGAGAAUAGAGUUGAGGCAACAUUUGCUUGAUGAAUGAAUGCUAAAAUUUUGAGGUUAGAUGUACUACAAUAGAUGUUUUAUAAUUGAUUUCCCUUUGCUAUUCAAAAAGGGUAAGUUGUAAUUUAAAUCCAUAUGAAAUGUGAUAUAGGAAGUAAAAGAAACUCAGUCUAAUAGAUUUGCUCAAAAAAUCACCAGAAGUUUUGCUGGAAAGUAAGCUCACAUAAUUGAUAAUUAUAAACGAUAUUUUUUUAUGAACAGCAAGCAAAUACACGUUUUAUUCUAUGGAAA